AUGUCACGAAAAGCCCAGAAAGCCUGGUCUUGGGUCUUCAGAAGAGGGAAAGAGUAUGAGAAGACCUCCGAAGUCAAAGCCAUACACUCGAAUGAUACAAGUAUAUUGCCUUCCAAGGCGCCCGCGGCCUCGGUGGAAGGCCAGAACCCGGCGCAAGCAUUGGUGCCUAAUGCAUCAGUAUCGUCGGUGGAAAUGGCCGAGGAUGAAGCCGAUUGCCGGGGAUUAUUCACUUUUGUUCCAAAGGAUCGAGAUGAGCCUGGCAUUGUCGAUAUUGUGGCUAUUCAUGGCCUCAACGGCCAUUACUCCAAAACGUACACCGAUCUGCUUAAGCAUAUUCGUGGUGUGGCCUUUUUUGGCACACUGUAUGGCGGAUCAUCGUCAGCAGGCUUUAGCAAGGUGCUUGCGUCAACUCUUAAAGCGCCCACUCUAGGAAUCAAUACCAACACCAAGGUGAUCAACGACCUGAAAAAGAACUCGCAAGCACUGUACGAAAUCAGCCAGUCUUUCGUAGAUCGUGGUAAAUCAUUGCACAUUUCUUAUCCGAGAGAGGCAAAUGUGGCACCGAGGGUUCAGUAA